AUGGUGGCAGCCUCUGCUACCGUAAUUGCAGGUACAGCAGCUUCUUUUUUCUGCCUGGGAGGCGUUUUCUAUCUAUACAUUCUGACGAUGGAAAAGAUGUACGCGGAACAAGUCAAAGAAGGUCAGAGAAAAGGAAAUGAAAAUGGAGACAGCGUUUCACAGAAAUCAGAAGGUACUCAAUUGGAUAUAACAUCAGAAAUAGGAGCAGGAGACGAAGAAAUUCGAACGAAUGAAUCCCAAAGUAUAAAUGAGUCCUAUCAAGAUAGAAAUAAGCAAAAGCAAGAAAUAAGAGAAAGAGAGAAACAAAAGCAUGAGGAUAAAAAAAGGCAAAAGGAAGAAAGAGAACAGCUACGGAGACGAGAUCAAGAACAGAAAAAGAUUGAAAAUCAAGAGAAAAAAAGGCAAGAACAAGAAAUUAAAAGCCGGGAAAACGAAUCGAAAGAACGUGAGAGGAGGGAUAAGGAAGAAAGGAAGAGAAACGAACAAGAAAGAAAAAGAGAAGAAAAUGAAAAGAGAAAACGGGAGGAGGAAGAAAGAAAAAGGAAAGAAAAGUAUGAAAAAGAAAAGCAAAAGCAAGAAGACAUUGAAAGAAAGAAAAAGGAACAAGAAAAAAAUAGAAGAGAAGUCGAAGAUAAAAAGAGGAAAGAUCAAGAAAGGAGAAGAGAAGAGAGUGAGGAAAAAAGAAGAAGAACAAUAGAAAACGAUGAAAGGCAGCAAGAAAGAAAGAGAGCAGAUGAUGAGAGAAAAAGAAGCGAAAAUGAGGAAAAAAUUAGGCACGACGAAAUGAAAGCAAUACAGAAAGAAGAAGACGAAGAAACCAAGACGAGAAAAAAUCAAGAAAGGAAAAAGAGAAAAGAAGAGAGGCGUCAAGAAGAGCAAAGGAGGAAAAUGGAAAUCGAAGAAAGCAAGAAAUACAGAAAAGAACAGAAAGAAAGAGAAGACGAAAACAGGAAGAAAGAAAAAGAGGACAAUAAAAAGGCGAAGACUGAAGAAAAAAGGAAAAAACGAGAAGAAGUGCAUGAAAGGAGAAGGGAAAUGCGAAAUCAUGAAAUUCAGGAAACACAAGAAGUAAAAAGGUACGAAAGUGAUGGAAGGAUCAAAGAAAGAGUGGCAAAUAAUGAGAAAACGGAAGAGCAGAUCCAAAGAAGAAAUGAUUAUGACAUCAGAAAAAGGAAAGGAAGUAGUGAGAAUAUACAAAAACAAGAAGAUGACAAAAUGAAAGAAAAAGACAAGCGACGAAAAAUUGAUGAAGAAAUAAAAGACAAAGAAAAACUACAAGUAGAAUCAACCCCAGUGGGUGAAGAAGGCGAGGAAAAAGCAAAAGAUGCUCGAGAAGAAGAGGGACAAAAUGUAAAAAGUGAAGAGACAAAGCACACUCAGAUGCAUCGUAAAACUAAAAGAAAAAGAGCACAAGAACAAAAAGUGUUACUGAAGAAAGAGAGAGAAAAACAGGAAAAUGAAAAUGUGAGGGAAGAAAUCGAAAUAGAGCAGAUGCAACGUGAAGAAAUUCGAGAAAGAUACCAGCCUGAAGAGAAGAAGCAAACAACUGAAAGAGGAAAUCUAUCUGAAAUAAAGAGGCAGGAGCAAGAGGAAGAAAGAAUACGUUGCCAGAUAGAUUGCAGGAAACUAUGGGAAUCUUUAAAAGAAGAAAAUGAGGACGAAUUAGAAGUAAGAAAAUCUAACGAACAUGAAGUACGGAGUAAAGGCGAAAAGAAGAGACAACAACAAAAAAUACGGGUUGAGACUUCAAAUUCAAAGAAGAAAGUACACCUAGACAAAACUGAGGAGAAAUAUCAAACGAAAAACAUCAAAAAUGAAAAGGAGGUUGGUACAAAUGAAAUAAAUCGAAAUGUACACAAAGAAGAAUGUGCAUGUAUCAAGAAAUCUGAACCAAAAAUAUAUAAAAAUGAGGUCAAUAAAAAAGUUACCGUAAAGAAAAAUGACAUUAAUGUAUCGAAGGCUGAAAAAUCUACAGACAAGGUUGAGUUCGGAAAGAAAAAGCAAGAAUUAACGAAGAAUGAAACAGCAAAAUUGGGAAAAUGUAAGUCAGAUUGUCUCGGAAAUAAGAAGUUUGAAGAUGGAAGAAAUAAAAAUCGAAAUAUAGAGAUGAAUAGUUUGGACAGAAAAAAGGGUCAAGGUUCUGGAAAUGCUCAACAGAAAAAUAAGAAGAGGAGUAGUGGAAUUCCGAAAAAUAAUCAGCAAUCAAAGAGCGAAAGAGGUACCAAUAUGCGUCAACAAAAACGAGAAUCAAAAGAAAUUGAGCAGAAAAAGGAUAAUACGGAGAAAAAUGUGAAAGAAAUAGGAAGAAAAGAGAAUAAAAAGAAUAUUCAAUAUAAUAAACGGUCAUCUAUCACAUCUGUGAAUAAAAGUAGUUGCAAAAGUUGUAAGUAUGGGAAACCCUGCCAAGCACAGAGAAAAGAAAGCAAAAACAAUGCACAAAACAAAAAUAAAAAAGCUUCCCCUGUAAACCAAAAUAAAGAAUCAGCAAGUAGACCAACAACUAGCAAUAUAAAGAGCAAGAAAAACUUAUCCAACCAAAAAUCUAAGAGCUGUACCACUUGCUGCACACAUAGAAAUGAGCAAUUUCAAAAAAAGCGGAAUAACUUAGUCUGCAAUUAUUUAUCUAAUUUACGUUUCAUUAACUUAGCAUGUAUAGAAUGACAAUAAAUUUGGUUUUUAUGAUCAGGUCUCUUUGAAUUUGGAUUGUCAGAAAAUUUUUGACGUUUAGAUAAAUUUAUUCUGUUUGAAACUUGUAGUUUGUUCACGAGGAAUUUCUAGCAGAUAUAACUCGAAUCAAAAUCCAUAUCAUAGUCUGCAAAGUUUUGAUAUUGGAAAGUGGAUAAAACUGUGAUACCUACCAUGGUUUGUAUCUCCAUAAUUUCGGCAGCUGCUGCUGUAACACUUAUGUGCUUGGGAAGCAUGUGUUGUACCUACGUGGUUGUGAAAGAAUGUUUUCCUAGAACGAAACGAUGCUGCAAGCUCUUGUAAGCCAGAGGAAUGACACUCGUUUUAUCUCAAUAUAAACCAUGUAUUGUAUUACGUAAAUAACGAAAAUUUGAAGUAAAUAGAAAGGUGAUGUAAC